CCCGGUCUCGCCAAGGAACAGGGAACGUGAGCGCAGGAGCCACGUUUGUGUGCUACCGUUGUGGCAAGCCUGGACAUGCAGCAAGGGUUUGCAGAGCUGUGUUGCCAGACAGUGAACAGACUCGUACCCCUGGAUCUUCUGCUGCUGGUGUGCCGAGUGAGAAUGCUGCUGUGGCCGGGCAGCCUUUAAACUCCUAAGGCCUGUGGUAACUGGGGCAACCAUGGGCACACAUCAAGGUCCCCAACAGGAAAAGCAGGAACAGGGAGCCUCAAGAGAGCCCUACACCCCUUUGGUCGGGCCCUUAAAUGAGGGUCAGGUGGACGUAAAUGGCACAAGCUGUAGGGCACUUAUUGACUCUGGCUCCCAAGUAACCACUGUCACCGAGGUGUUUUGGCGCUCACAUCCUGAACUAUGUAGACAGGAGUUGCAGAGGUCAAAUAUCCCAAUAGAAGGAGCUGGUGGUCAUGCUAUACCCCAAUAUGGCACAUUCUACAUCAACCUUAAAGUUCUGGGUAAAGAGUUUACCAAUGUGCCUGCACUUGUUGUUCCUAUAACGGAGUACCGGUCAGAAGUUCCAUUGCUAGUGGGGACCAAUGUUAUACGUGCCUCCAGAUCCUACCUUGAAGCAACAUACGGACGGCAGUUUCUUGUUGUGGUAAAAGAGAAACACCCUGAAUGGUACACUGCCCUGUUGGAGGUGGGUGACGAUGAGCUUGGGAGUCAUGAUGGUCGGGUAGGCCCUGCACGCUAUGCUGGUCGCAAACUACACGUGCCGGCAGGCAAGGAGGUGAAUGUGAUGUGCAAAGUGACAGGAGGUCCAAGAAAAAAGACAUACACUGCUCUUGUCGAGAGCCAGGCAGGUUCCCAGCUGCCGGAGGGCCUGGUUGUGGGCAGGGUUCUUGCCUAUGUGAAAAAGGGCCGGGUCCCUGUCAGAGUAAUGAACUUAUCUGCACGACCAGUACUGAUCAAACCACACGUUCAUCUGGCAGAUGCAUUCCUGUUGCGGGAUGUGUUGCAGUGGAAUGGGGACAAUCAGCGUUCUCAAGGUGAUGAACAGUCGGAUGAGAAACGAAAUGUACAGAGUGCAGAGCCUGAAGUGUGUCAAAGCCAUGACCAGGUUGUCCGCCCAAAUCCAGUUGAACACAUCCUACCUGGUUGUGUGGACCUCAGUGAAGCGGCUGUCGAGGAAGAGGAGCAAAGAGUCCGACUCAGGCAGCUGGUGGAGAAGAAUGCAGAUAUUUUCUCACAACACUCUAUGGAUUUUGGACACACAAAAACUGUGCAACAUGAGAGUCCCCUGAUUGAUCCCAAACCUUUCCGCCUUCCUUACCGGAAAUUACCACCUUCCCAGUGGCAGGAUGUUCGUAAUCUCCUGAAGGAUAUGGAGGAAUCUGGCGUAAUCCGUCCCAGCAAAAGUCCUUACGCCUCUCCCAUUGUGGUUGUGACAAAGAAGGAUGGGUCAUUGAGGAUAUGUGUUGAUUACAGGAGAUUAAAUUCUUGUAGCACCAGAGAUGCAUUCCCACUCCCAAGAAUCGAGGAUGCACUUGAGGCCCUGGGUCAGGCUAAAUAUUUCUUGACCCUUGACUUGACGUCUGGCUACUGGCAAGUGGAGGUGGCAGAGCAAGACAAGCAUAAAACGGCGUUUGUCACCCCUAUGGGUCUUUAUGAAGCCAACAGGAUGCCGUUCGGCCUACAGAAUGCUCCAUCAACAUUCCAGAGGUUAAUGACCUGUUGCUUUGGAGACCUGAACUGCUCGCAUCUUCUGAUUUACCUUGAUGACCUCAUUAUCUUUUCAAAGACGUUUGAGGAGCAUCUGGAACGGCUUCAACUGGUAUUUGACCGGCUGCGUGAACAUGGUCUAAAGCUAAAACCUUCGAAAUACCACCUCAUGAGGAAGGAAGUGCAGUACCUGGGACACCUGGUGUCCGCCGAGGGAAUUCGUACAGACCCAGCAAAAGUAAGCAAGGUAGAGGACUGGCCACAACCCACAAGCCGCAAGGAGCUUCUGCAGUUUCUGGGCUUCGCAGGAUACUACAGGCGAUUUGUGGAGGGUUAUGCCAAGUUGGCGGCACCCUUGUAUCGUCUUACCUCUGGCGACCCCAAAAGGAAGAAGAGGGGAAAGAAGAGGCCUCCUGCUCCUGAGCCACGCUUUUUCAGGACUGAGGAAUGCACAGAGACAUUUUGUAUGCUGAAAGAGAAACUUACAUCGGCUCCGUUGUUGGGCUACCCUGACUACACAUUGCCCUUUGUGUUACAGACAGAUGCUUCUGGAGAAGGACUCGGUGCUGUCCUGGCACAAGUUCAAAGUGGGACUGAGAGGGUGAUAGCAUAUGCCAGUAGGGGUUUAAGCCCAGCAGAAACUCGUUACCCAGCUCACAAGCUGGAAUUUCUAGCAUUCAAGUGGGCGGUGACAGAAAAGUUUUAUGACCAUCUGUACGGGCACAAGUUUUCAGUACUCACGGAUAACAACCCACUGAAAUAUGUGAUGACCACUGCCAAACUGGAUGCUACUGGACAGCGAUGGGUCUCGCAGUUGUCUGGGUUUGAUUUUGACAUCCAGUACCGCCAGGGGAGAUGCAACGCCAACGCGGAUGCCCUGUCCAGAAUGACUAACCAGGACGUUUGUAAAGCACUUCAGUCAUGCCCUCAAAGAGUAAGGCUGAGGCGGGCCGAAGGUGGGCUGGUGGAACCAGGUCAAGUGGAGCUUGGUGACACAGGGUGUCAGGCUGGGGAAUCAACCCAAACUUGUGAACCCAAACCUCAACUUGAACCAUACGCAGGGGUCGGAACAGAGUCCCUUCCUUCGAUGACCAAACAAGACAUCAGAGCAGGACAAAAAGAGGAUCCCGACAUAGGGCCAAUUCUGCAUUACAGAACAUUGAAUACCAAACCUGGUAGGACAGAAAGAGAGACCUGGGGAGAGCGAGCCUCUCUCAUCCUUAAAGAGUGGAGAAGAUUGGUGGUAAAAGAUGGUACCCUGUAUCGCAGAGUUCAGGAUGGCCAGCAUGGAAUCAAUGAACAGUUAGUCCUGCCCCUGAAGCUACAGAGAAUGGUUAAAACAGCUCUACAUGAUGAAUCAGGCCACCUGGGACUCGAACGGACGCUCACUCUGAUUCGAGAACGCUUCUACUGGCCCAGGAUGUUUCAAGUUGUAAAAGUGUGGUGUGAGCAGUGUGAGCGUUGCUGUGUCAGGAAGACACCCACAUCGGGCCUCAAAGCUCCCCUUGUCAGCAUACAUACCAAUGCCCCUAUGGAGCUUGUUUGUAUUGAUUUCCUGACGCUGGAAAAGUCUGUUGGCGGAGUUGAAAAUGUGCUGGUGGUCACCGACCAUUUCUCCCGUUUUGCCCAGGCUUACUCAACUAAAGACCAGGAGGCAACUACUGUGGCCAGGGUGUUGUGGAGGAACUUCUUUUGUCGUUUUGGAUUCCCAGCAAAGCUCCAUGCUUAUCAGGGGCGCAACUUUGAGAGUGCAGUGGUAAGAGAUCUGUGCAAGAUUACUGGCAUCACCAAAACACACACCACUCCAUACCACCCUCAGGGAAAUGGAACCACUGAGAGGUUUAAUCAUACUCUGAUGAACAUGCUGGGCACCUUGGACCCCAACUUGAAACCUCGCUGGCACCAGUAUGUUGAUACAAUGACACACGCCUAUAACUGCACUCAACAUGACUCCACUGGUUACAGCCCAUACUACCUGAUGUAUGGCAGACAUCCUAGACUUCCGAUCGAUCUUGUGUUUGGUCUGACAUCUGGUGACCCCCCUUGUGACUACAACAAAUAUGUUAAAUGUCUUCAAGACUGCCUGAUGUAUGCCUACGAUCAGGCUAACAAGAGUUCAAGACAUGCCAAGGAGCAACAGAAGAAGCACUACGACCGCAGGGUGAAGAACUACACAUUCGAGCCAGGGGACAGAGUCCUGAUUAAGGUUUGCCAUGUUGAAGGCCGACAGAAGUUGGGGGACAGGUGGGAAGCACAGCCUUAUGUUGUCCUAAAGAAACAGCCUGGUGUCCCGGUAUAUGUGGUUCGGUUGGAGAAUGGCGAAAAAGAAAGGGUGGUCUAUCGAAACCUUCUCACCCAAUGCAUGUUCUUCCCAAUGGGGGCCGAACAGGCAGGUGAAAAGGGAGAGCUUGAUAAGGAGUCGAGGACAUCAGGCAUUGAGUCAGAUGGAGAAAUCUGGGAAAGAAGGAAUGGAGAGAAAGAUUGCAACAAUGAGCAGCUGGAAGAAAUUAGGGAGCAGGAUAGUGAAGGUGAACAGGGGGAGAGGGAAGUUCUGGAGUCCAUCACUGAGGACCAGAAGGAAAAUGACUCUCCACUGAGAGCCAUAGACUCUGAAUCAGCUCAGCAGAAGAUUGAUCGGGGCCGGGAGAUAUGGCUGAGAGCCAAAGCCAAGCUGAGGGGAGAGUUUGGCAUGCUCUUGCUCCCAGCCUCUCUUACAGCCAGGGGCGGGGCCAACCUCAACCAGAAAUCAGGAACACCUGACAUGAACAGAGAGGAAAAAGAGAGCAGUUUUGGUACACAGGGCGGGGAGCGCCCUGAGGUCCUGUUGCCCAAACCCCAGGUCUUCACGCCUUCAGCAAGUAACUUACAACCCUUUCCAGUGUUUUCAACCUAUGCCUCACAGGUUUCUAUGCAUGGCCCCCCAGUGGGCAUACAGAGCGCUACAGAAACAGUACCUGCCCCUCCUGCAAACUGCGACCCUUGUCCCACUAGCUAUCCCAUACCUGCUUACUCAUCAUAUGGGAUGUACAUCCUUUCAUCCUCAGUGUACCAACCUCAGGCAGUAGUGCAAUCUUCACAAGCCGUUCAACCCCACCUUUAUCACAUGCAGGCCACUAGAAAAUCCCACACACUCCCCCACAUGGUUGCUGACGGAUUAACUCGGUUUUCACCUGCCCAACCCAUCCAUGGUGGUUUCACCCAGACACAUCAAGUGAAAAAUGUUCAAGUGUUCAGCGGGGGCUCUGAAUGCAAGAUCCUGAUUGACAACUGGAUCCGAGACAUGCAGUAUCUUCUUGUCGCUGGUGGGUUACCAUCACAUCUCAGUUUUGCAACCAUUGUGCGGCACCUAAGUGGUGAGGCUAGGCGGCUGGUUUUAAAUCUCCCCCCACCUGAACAAAGUCCUGAGAGAGCUUUUGAAGAGCUGAGAGCUGAAUACAGUGACAUGCAGAGAUCCCUGGACCCCUUAGCUGACUUUUAUGAAAGGAGCCAACGCACAGGGGAGUCGGCGUGUUCCUAUGCCAUUGCCUUGGAAGCGACACUGAGAGAUGUGGAAGAGGUUCAGAAUGGUGGCCAGCCUUUUCCAGAUCGGGAUGCUAAAUUGGCUAGGCAGUUCAUGAGAGGGCUGACUGACGAGGAAGUGCCUGUGGUAACUGGGGCAACCAUGGGCACACAUCAAGGUCCCCAACAGGAAAAGCAGGAACAGGGAGCCUCAAGAGAGCCCUACACCCCUUUGGUCGGGCCCUUAAAUGAGGGUCAGGUGGACGUAAAUGGCGAAAGCUGUAGGGCACUUAUUGACUCUGGCUCCCAAGUAACCACUGUCACCGAGGUGUUUUGGCGCUCACAUCCUGAACUAUGUAGACAGGAGUUGCAGAGGUCAAAUAUCCCAAUAGAAGGAGCUGGUGGUUAUGCUAUACCCCAAUAUGGCACAUUCUACAUCAACCUUAAAGUUCUGGGUAAAGAGUUUACCAAUGUGCCUGCACUUGUUGUUCCUAUAACGGAGUACCGGUCAGAAGUUCCAUUGCUAGUGGGGACCAAUGUUAUACGUGCCUCCAGAUCCUACCUUGUUGUGGUAAAAGAGAAACAUCCUGAAUGGUACACUGCCCUGUUGGAGGUGGGUGACGAUGAGCUUGGGAGUCAUGACGGUCGGGUAGACCCUGCACGCUAUGCUGGCCGCAAACUACACGUGCCGGCAGGCAAGGAGGUGAAUGUGAUGUGCAAAGUGACAGGGGGUCCAAGAAAAAAGACAUACACUGCUCUUGUCGAGAGCCAGGCAGGUUCCCAGCUGCCGGAGGGCCUGGUUGUGGGCAGGGAUCUUGCCUAUGUGAAAAAGGGCCGGGUCCCCGUCAGAGUAAUGAACUUAUCUGCACGACCAGUACUGAUCAAACCACACGUUCAUCUGGCAGAUGCAUUCCUGUUGCGGGAUGUGUUGAAGUGGAAUGGGGACAAUCAGCGUUCUCAAGGUGAUGAACAGUCGGAUGAGAAACGAAAUGUAGAGAGUGCAGAGCCUGAAGUGUGUCAAAGCCAUGACCAGGUUGUCCGCCCAAAUCCAGUUGGACACAUCCUACCUGGUUGUGUGGACCUCAGUGAAGCGGCUGUCGAGGAAGAGGAGCAAAGAGUCCGACUCAGGCAGCUGGUGGAGAAAAAUGCAGAUAUUUUCUCACAACACUCUAUGGAUUUUGGACACACAAAAACUGUGCAACAUGAGAUUCCCCUGAUUGAUCCCAAACCUUUCCGCCUUCCUUACCGGAAAUUACCACCUUCCCAGUGGCAGGAUGUUCGUAAUCUCCUGAAAGAUAUGGAGUAAUCUGGCGUAAUCCGCCCCAGCAAAAGUCCUUCCGCCUCUCCCAUUGUAGUUGUGACAAAGAAGGAUGGGUCGUUGAGGAUAUGUGUUGAUUACAGGAGAUUAAAUUCUUGUAGCACCAGAGAUGCAUUCCCACUCCCAAGAAUCGAGGAUGCACUUGAGGCCCUGGGUCAGGCUAAAUAUUUCUCGACCCUUGACUUGACGUCUGGCUACUGGCAAGUGGAGGUGGCAGAGCAAGACAAGCAUAAAACGGCGUUUGUCACCCCUAUGGGUCUUUAUGAAGCCAACAGGAUGCCGUUUGGCCUACAGAAUGCUCCAUCAACAUUCCAGAGGUUAAUGACCUGUUGCUUUGGAGACCUGAACUGCUCGCAUCUUCUGAUUUACCUUGAUGACCUCAUUAUCUUUUCAAAGACGUUUGAGGAGCAUCUGGAACAGCUUCAACUGGUAUUUGACCGGCUGUGUGAACAUGGUCUAAAGCUAAAACCUUCGAAAUACCACCUCAUGAGGAAGGAAGUGCAGUACCUGGGACACCUGGUGUCCGCCGAGGGAAUUCGUACAGACCCAGCAAAAGUAAGCAAGGUAGAGGACUGGCCACAACCCACAAGCCGCAAGGAGGUUCUGCAGUUUCUGGGCUUCGCAGGAUACUACAGGCGAUUUGUGGAGGGUUAUGCCAAGUUGGCAGCACCCUUGUAUCGUCUUACCUCUGGCGACCCCAAAAGGAAGAAGAGGGGAAAGAAGAUGCCUCCUGCUCCUGAGCCACGCUUUCUCAGGACUGAGGAAUGCACAGAGACAUUUUGUAUGCUGAAAGAGAAACUUACAUCGGCUCCGUUGUUGGGCUACCCUGACUACACAUUGCCCUUUGUGUUACAGACAGAUGCUUCUGGAGAAGGUCUCGGUGCUGUCCUGGCACAAGUUCAAAGUGGGACUGAGAGGGUGAUAGCAUAUGCCAGUAGGGGUUUAAGCCCAGCAGAAACUCGUUACCCAGCUCACAAGCUGGAAUUUCUAGCACUCAAGUGGGCGGUGACAGAAAAGUUUUCAGUACUCACGGAUAACAACCCACUGAAAUAUGUGAUGACCACUGCCAAACUGGAUGCUACUGGACAGCGAUGGGUCUCGCAGUUGUCUGGGUUUGAUUUUGACAUCCAGUACCGCCAGGGGAGAUGCAACGCCAACGCGGAUGCCCUGUCCAGAAUGACUAACCAGGACGUUUGUAAAGCACUUCAGUCAUGCCCUCAAAGAGUAAGGCUGAGGCGGGCCGAAGGUGGGCUGGUGGAACCAGGUCAAGUGGAGCUUGGUGACACAGGGUGUCAGGCUGGGGAAUCAACCCAAACUUGUGAACCCAAACCUCAACUUGAACCAUACACAGGGGUCGGAACAGAGUCCCUUCCUUUGAUGACCAAACAAGACAUCAGAGCAGGACAAAAAGAGGAACCCGACAUAGGGCCAAUUCUGCAUUACAGAACAUUGAAUACCAAACCUGGUAGGACAGAAAGAGAGACCUGGGGAGAGUGAGCCUCUCUCCUCCUUAAAGAGUGGAGAAGAUUGGUGGUAAAAGAUGGUACCCUGUAUCGCAGAGUUCAGGAUGGCCAGCAUGGAAUCAAUGAACAGUUAGUCCUGCCCCAGAAGCUACAGAGAAGGGUUAAAACAGCCCUACAUGAUGAAUCAGGCCACCUGGGACUCGAACGGACGCUCACUCUGAUUCGAGAACGCUUCUACUGGCCCAGGAUGUUUCAAGAUGUAAAAGUGUGGUGUGAGCAGUGUGAGCAUUGCUGUGUCAGGAAGACACCCACAUCUGGCCUCAAAGCUCCCCUUGUCAGCAUACAUACCAA